AUGGAAGAGACGAUGGAGACACUUUGUGUGGUGGCGUGUGACUCGAACUUGCAGAAGGCAGAGGAGUUGGAGGCUAGUCUUAGACGCUGGAAGCAGCGCCUGCAACUCGCGUCCUUCUCUGCAGCUUCAACCCACACUGCCAGCUCGGUGCCAGUAGAAGAGGCUUUCUCACUAGCAGACACUUCUGUUCAGAGGCCACCAGAGUCUGAUAUUGAACAGUCCGCACGAAAUAGAGGCGAAAUUCAAGUAGGGAGAGAGAAUGCAGUGCCUGAACAGGGAAGGCAGGCUCAACUGGGAGGGAGGGAGGUGGAAAGGGCUUGGCACAAACUGACAUCAUACAUUCUGGAGCUGGAGAGGAGAGUGAGAGAGAUGGAGGCAGGAUCAGGUAGAUCCUCAGCCACUGUGGCAGUAUCUUCAAUGGACAGUCAAACUGGAGACAUCUCCAGAGCUGCUGUGGGAAACCCAGAAAGACAUACAGUUGACCUGAGGGACGGCUAUAUUCAGGCACUACUGCUAGUCUUCUCCUGGCUCACCACCGCAGAGCUUUGCACCGCAUCCCAGGUGUGUCACAGGUGGAGGGAAGUAGCCAAACAUCCUCAGCUCUGGCAGACUGUCGCCAUCUCUGACACUGUCAUGACCUCACAGGAUCUGGUGAGACUAGGAAGGCUGUGCAGCGAAUCUCUCUCUCUCUCCCUCCAUGGUCUGAUGCCAGAAAUGGCUGGUCCUGAUGAAGACCUCCACUCCUACAUUGCCAGACAGAGGGGUAGUCUGGAACCAGGACUGGCCUCUCUCCUUUCCGCUGCUCCUCACCUGAGCAGUUUGGCUGUGACUGAGUGCAAUCUAAUGCUUACUGAGAGACUCCUGUGGUUGGCUAGUGUCCACUGCCCCAAGUUGAGGCAGUUCACGUACACCAGUGAUGAGUUUCCUCCGUCGCCCGCUGCUCUCUGGGCCCUCAGUAAUGGCUGCCCCAAACUCCAGUCCCUUCACCUCCCUCCAUACCCCAACAGUCCAUUUAUCAGUCAUUUCAAUGACGCCUGUCUGUCAACCAUAGCUAGAGGUUGGCCACACCUCCUACAGCUGACAGUCGGUGGACCUGCCAUCACUGCUGCUGGCCUCAAGGAAAUUGUGGUGUACUGUCAGUGGCUGGAGGUACUGAGAGUGGAUCACGGACCUCAGAUCUCUUCUUCUGACGUGACAGACAUGCUGUCCAGUGGAGGCCUCACUCAUCUUCGCUCUCUCUCCUUUCUCUUCACUCCACUGUCUCCCAAGGCACUCCACCACCUCUCCAGUUCCUGUCCAAAACUGAACGAUAUCACUCUCCAUAUAUCACCCAACACCUAUUUUCCUGGUUCUUCUACCGACUCUGUCAUUCUAAAAAAGUUUCAUCAAAUUCACUCCAACUUUCAGGAGUUAGAGAAGAUGCCUCAGAUGAAGGGAGUUCUUCAGUUACACCUUCACCAUCCGCAGACUGACAACAUGGUAACUAUUGACUAGGUCAUGUGACUAGGUCAUGUGACUGAGGGUGUGGGUUAAAAGUGAUGUUUUGUAUGUGCUAUAGAAAGGGACUGUCAAUUUCUUAAGAGUCACAUAGUGUGGCAUGCUACAUGGAGGACUAGUACAGUCUGUGGUUUAGUGGAGAGCUCUCUGUAUACUCAGCACUCGGUUGCCUGCACCCCUUGUGUAUUGGAGGUGCAGUAGUGACAGUGAGGUCGCAUAUUGCGGACCAUCACGGUUGUAGAGGUGUGGCCUCUGGGCGGAGACAGGUAGGUGUGGCAGACCGGACACACGAAGCACUGGGGAUGGAAGUGGAGGUGCAGGCCAGGGAUUGCGAUGAGAGGUGGCUGGGGGCCGAGUGGUCUGUGGCAGAGGGAGCAAGGGAGGCUGGGGUCUGCAGGUCUCACUAGGAAAGCCUGCUGGGGGCCGUCCUGUCGCUGUAUGUCAGGUAUCAUCGUGGCGAGGGAGGGGCGGGCAGGCUGGGUGGGCCCGCCAGUGAACUUGUUCCUCUCUCUGGGACCCCAUGUCCGACUGCGGGCCUUUGCCUGCUGCUGCUGACUGCUCUGGUGUUGGAUAUCUCUUGCCACGUUUGACAGACUGUCGUAACUGGCUCCUCCAUUUAACUGCUGCACUGCUCCUGUCGAAACUGACUGAACUCUGCCUCGUGCUGCUGGAGGAGGACCCCCCACUGGUAGCGCCCGGUUCACUCGCGUCUGCUCUGCCAGUCGCUGACCUCGUGACCCCUUCUGCUGCCCUCCUCGGGGAGGGAACUGCGGCAUGGACACCUGUUUUACCGGACCAGGGGGUGUGGCCCCUCCAUACCUCCCUUCCUGCGGUGUUAAUGGUUUGGGAGGGGUUUCAGUGGGCGGGGUAUGGACAGGAUUGCUGAUAGUCUUUUGGACCUGCUCCAGAGACUUCUUCUGCGGUGUCCAGCGAGUGUGCGCAACUUUCUGGAUCUUGAUGUCUCCGUGUAGCUCCACCUCCUCCGCCAUGACUGGCCGUACGUUGAGGGGCUCGGUGGAUGAUGUGGACUGAAUGGUUAUCAUGUUGGGGUCACGAGAAGGAAUGAAUACUGCUUCUUCCCCUCCUCCCCCCUCUCCCCCUUCUUCCACAACAGGCUGCUCAACACUCUUCUUUCUCACUGGCUUUGGUAAAACCUUUGGAGGUGGCGGCUUCCUGUGAGAGUGUCAGAGAUACGGAGCAGUGUUAUUGGCGAGCGAACCAAGCCCACCUAUAUAGUCUGAAUGUGGAAUUUAUAUGUUGUGACCUGCACUGCCGCACUAAACUUACUGUAGUGUUAUGCGUGAUUCGCGAACAUGCGUUGCAC